AUGGCCAUGGAAGCAAGUGCACCCCCCACCGGUGCCCCUGAGGAGGACGAUGGCCCGUUGCCCUCCUGCCACGGCUGCCGGACUCGAAAGCUGAAAUGCUCCCGCGAGACUCCAUCAUGCUCAAACUGCAGCCGGCAAGCGGUGCCAUGCACCUACGACUCCUUCCGGACCAAGCCGGGCUUGAAACGUGGAACAAUUCUGAAGCUUCAAAGGCGUAUAGAGAGUCUGGAAAGCAAGGUGUACGCCAGCGAAGAUGAUGGUCCUUCGCCUCAAUCUCGACCGCCUCGAGCGGAUUCGCGUCUGGACGGGUCGAUCGGAGCUGGUCUCUCGCUCUUGGCUCAAGAAAUCCAAAAGCUGAGCUCCAACAUUUCCAUCCUGUCACAGCCUGUUGUGCCUAGCCCCGAGACGCCGGCAUCGCGAUCGCUCGGGAAACGCCGUAGAAUCGAUGGUGAGCAUCAUUCGGGAAGGGCUGCAGUCAAUUCGUCUGAUGAUGCGCCCCCUGCGGACCACCUUUGGGCCGUGGCCGACCUCUACUUCCCGAAUCUUCAUCCGUGGAUCCCCAUGAUACACACGGAGACGUUCAAACGAAAUCUGCGUCUGCGAGAUGGAACAACGGAGAACCCUCUUAUUCUACAUGCCAUGUUAUUUGGGGUGUUGCGCUUCCUGGACCCGCCUGGUGAGCGGCUUUCUGCGGACCGCAUCGAAGAAGAGAUGGAACGGUCCAGGAACAGCGUGAUUCUCGAGGCAACCAGCACUCUUACUGUCCCUUCGCUCCAGGCUCUGACAAUAGUUGCAUUUACCCACGUGAGUAACUUUGCGCAAUCCGUACUGAUCGCUUUAUUGAAGUUUUCUGGCCAGAUUGGAAACGGCGAGUUGCUCAAGGCCUGGCCGAUAAUCGCGUCGCUGACCAGGACCGUGAGUUUCUUGCAACUAAGCGUCGAGGAAGAGGAUAGAAAUGACCCAGAGACAUUUCUACGUCCGAGCUUGCUUCCUCCAAGUCCCAAUUGGAUAGAGGAAGAGGAGCGUCGAAGGACGUUUUGGAAUAUAUUCAUUUUGGACCGAUGGCAGACCGGCCUUACUGCCGACAACGUUUCACGGAGGCUCCCCUUGUGUGGCACCCGAUGGAACCAAGAGAGCUUUGCGGUCUCGCCAUUCUUUGGGAUAUGGGACAGAUCAGCCGCCAAGAUCGGUAACUCAAUUGCCUUUUUGCCAGCCAACUACACCAGUCCCGAGGCCAGUGGAACAGAAUCGGAACACGGCGCGCCUCCAAGUGUGCAGCCGCAGACUGCGCCAAAGGAUAUGCCCAUUCUUGGUGCUUUUGCGUACUACAUUGAGUCCCUAGAGUCGCUAUGUAGGAUUAACAUGUAUUUUUUACAGCAAAAGAUCGACUUCAGUAACCACCAAGAGGUAUCUAACUGGCUUAUGAGAUUCAAGGAGCUCGACCUUCGUCUAGUUCACUGGAAGAUGUUUCUUCCUCCGAAAUGGAGAGAUCCCAACGUCCCUCCGGAGGAAACCACCGCCUUGGACCCGAACAUGACCCUAGCCCAUAUCACCCAUAAUACAUCUAUGAUUCUUCUUCACCAGCGGAUUGGAUACCCAGAGCCGGAGCUUAUGUAUAUCAAGCUUCCUAGCACAUACAGUGCCGAGACGUGUCAAUCGGCAGCGGCUGAGACGGCAAACAUCACCAGUAAAUACCUCCUGCAUGCACCGCAGCACAUGCCUCUCUCCCCUUUCUUUUCAUUCUGCGCGUAUAUCAGUGCCCGGGUGCUGCUAGUACAAGCUAGAUACUAUAACACCGAGCUGGAUUGUCGAUUCCAGGUACUGCUAGACGCUUUACGAGACAUUGCAAGACGGUGGUCGGGGUUUCGAGAGCACGACCCAUCUCCUUCCCUUUCAACACAGUUCGUGAUGCAUCUUGAAGAGCUGAGACAUCGAAGCCUCAGUGAUCCAAACUUCACUGUCUCAGUGAUCGGGUCACUGCAUCGAGGAUCGAACGAAAAUGAAGAACAGACACGGAACUCUGUACGGCACCUCCACUUUCCCCCCGGCGCCAACAGCGGUUCCCAGCCCGCUGUCAUCGUUCGACCGGCAGACUUCACAACGCAGCCCCAACUUGGGAAAUCGCCGACAUCAUCCUCUCACGCUGCUGGUAUUACUACACCAGGGGCCAUUUCAUCAGGUGACACUGGCGAAGGAAACUGGACUUCUACAAUUCAGGCACCAGGGGCCGCGAGCGCCAUGUGCGGCGAAUCGGACGAGCUACCCAGCAUCCUUCAAAGCUUAACAGACCAGCGCUUCAUUGAGAUGGACCGAGUUAUCACCUUUAAUGAUUUCAAUUUUGAACCAAUAUCAACUCAAAUAUCGCAAAUGCCUCCCCCACCAAUGAACAAUGGUUGGGUGGGAGGUGAAGGUGGAUGGGACCAGAGCUGA